AUGUCUCGAGCCUCGAAAAUCACCCUGGCGUGCUCCUCGCUCUUUGCAGCCUCCACCGUCGUCCUCGUGCACUUCCAGCAGAAAUGGGACCAAGCGGCCAUGCACCAAGGCGUCGUGCGCGACAUGGAGCAGCAGCGCAUCAAGCGCGAGCGCCAGCUCGACUUUGACACGCAGAGGGCCUUGGAGGCAGAGUACAAGCAGCACCAGACUGUGCGGGACUCGACGCUCGACGCGGACGAGAGGGCCGCUCCGCCGACAUGA